GACGGUGUAGAAGUCAACAAAGCCAACGUACGGCGGGGUCAUUCCGAGAAGCAUUCAAAAGAGAGAGGAAAAAGAGGAAAAGGUUCGGCUGUGAAAUUUCCGAGAAGCGCAGGCAAGAAAUCUAGGGUUUUGAUCCGGUUAGUAGAAGCUCUUGAGAAGAUCUAGUGCUCUAAGAGCUCAAUCUAUCUCGAAGCUACCGGAGCUGUGAUUUAGUAGUCGAUGUAUCGUAGCUGAGUCUUAGAAGGUUUGGUGGAACAAACUCGUUGCGAGAUCUUUGAAAAUUUAUUGUUGUUGCGAGUGAUUUCAGUAAUAUCGGUGGAGAAAUUGAGUUUUGGGCGGUUAGAAUAUUAAAGUUCUGGAUAGUUCUUCUUGAUCGAAGAAUGGCGCUUAAGGCCCUGCCAUUGAAAGCUGCUGAGGUUGCAAUCGGUUCGAUUGGGUUAGGGUACGACGUAGCGGCAGAUAUCCGGCUAAAGUACUGCAAGAGGGAAAUCCCGGAUCCAUGCUUGAUUGAGUUAGACCAAGAUCAGGUUCAGGAUGUUGUUCUUCCUGGUGGAUUGUGCAUCCCGAAUGUUCCAAAAUCCAUCAAGUGGGAUAAAGGGGAAAGGAUGCGGUUCAGGUCUGAUGUUUUGUCGUUUCAGCAGAUGUCAGAGCAAUUCAACCAGGAGCUGUCUCUAUCUGGAAAAAUUCCCUCAGGCCUUUUCAACAAUAUGUUUGAUUUUUCUUGUUGUUGGCAGAGAGAUGCAGCAAAUACCAAAUCUCUCGCAUUUGAUGGAUGGUUCAUUACCCUUUAUACAGUAGCAUUGUCAAAAUCUCAAGUUGUACUUCGUGACCAUGUUAAGCAAGCUGUUCCAUCAACAUGGGAUCCUGCUGCUUUGGCAAGGUUUAUUUUAAACUUUGGCACUCAUAUUGUUGUUGGUGUGAAGAUGGGAGGAAAGGAUGUAAUUUAUGUGAAACAACAGCACUCAUCAAGCCUCCAACCUGUAGAGGUUCAGGAAAUGUUGAAGGAGUUGGCAGAUAGGAGAUUUCUUGAUGUAAACGGACAAUACUAUAUGAAUUCUAAAGAAGCAUACGGCCACGAUAAGAUUGAUAUCAGAGAGCAACGGCUACGGUUUGCAGAUGCCAGCCCAUCAAGUUCUUACUCUGUGAAGGAGGAUAUUGUGAAAAUUUUCAAGCGGAGAGGAGGCAAAGAUAAUAAAGAUUUAUCUCAUAAUGAGUGGUUAAACACUGUUCAAUCUGAACCCGAUGUUAUCUCAAUGUCUUUUUUGCCGAUCACAUCUCUCUUAAAUGGAGUUCCUGGUAGUGGAUUCUUAAGUCAUGCCAUUAAUUUAUACCUACGAUAUAAGCCACCGAUAGAAGAACUUCAUCAAUUUUUGGAGUUUCAAUUGCCAAGACAAUGGGCACCUGUUUACAGUGACCUUCCCCUUGGUCCUCAGCGGAAACAACAGAGCAGUUCUUCUCUACAGUUUAGUCUCAUGGGUCCAAAGCUUUAUGUUAACACCAGUAUGGUUGAUGUAGGCAAGAGGCCGGUCACUGGCCUUCGGUUGUACCUGGAAGGGAAGCGGAGCAACAGAUUAGCGAUCCAUCUCCAACAUCUUUCCUCCCUUCCUCAAAUCCUCCAGCUCCGGGUUAAUCCUGACAGUUACUACCCUCGUGAACCAUAUGAACGCAAGCACUACGAGCCAGUUCAGUGGAGACACUUUUCUCAUGUCUACACUGCACCAAUUGAAGCCGAUGAUGAUUCCUCCUUUGUUACUGGGGCUCAAUUACAUGUCAGUCAUCAUGGGCUCAAGAAAGUCCUCUUCCUCCGCCUCUACUUCUCGACAGUUUUAAAUGCUGCGCUGGUCAAGAAUCCUGAGUGGGAAGGAUCUCCAAACUUAGUCCAGAAAUCUGGCCUCAUCUCAACACUGAUCAGCACUCACUUCUCAAUGGCUGCCCAAAAGCCACCACCCCGUCCCGCAGAUGUGAACAUCAACUCGGCAGUGUAUCCUGGUGGCCCUCCAGUUCCAGUGCAGACUCCAAAGCUUCUUAAAUUUGUCGAUACAACAGAAAUGGUGCGUGGCCCACAGCACUCACCGGGUUACUGGGUGGUCUCAGGUGCGAAGUUGCAUUUGGAGAGGGGUAAAAUCUCACUACGUGUCAAGUACUCCCUUUUGACAGCAAUGCUGCCGGACGAUGAGUUAUAGUUAAUAGUCAGAACAAAGAGAAGAACAGACAUCGGCUCCUGAAGAGCAAAACUUGUCCGCCAAAAUCAAAGCCCUUUUUGUAUGAAGGUGGAUGGAGAAAUUUUAAAAAGAUAAAGUAGUUUCAAGGUGCUUAUGACAGGGUGAAGUGGUGGUUUUGUGGUGAUGUCUGUGAUAUAUCUUCUGUAAUUGUUUUGAACUACAAUUUGUUUCCUCCUAGGUAUUUUAUGGUAAGUGAUGUGGUCAUUCUAUUAAAUUCAGCAGUGUAGUAAAGGACAUUUUUUAAAAUCCAAUGCUUGAUUUGGGAUAUUCAGAUAA